AUGGGCGGCGCCGAAAUAAACGACCCCUUCACUCCCGAAUUCGCCGAGUUCGUGGCGGAGACCAUGGAUGAAUGGAAGCUUCUUGGAACAUCUAUCGCGGUGGUGGAUGGGGAUGAAGUAUUCUCUCAAGCAUUUGGUUACGCGACAUUGCCAGACAUCCCCGCUACCCCAGAAACCCUUUGGUAUGGAGGAUCUACAACUAAAGCAUUUGUCACUACAGCUUUGGCCUAUCUGAUCGAAAGCAAAGAGUACUCUGCCUUGUCCGAUGGCUGGCAGACUAGAGUUUCGUCGAUCAUUCGUGAGGACUUUGUCACCCAAGAUGAUUGGGCAACGAACAACAUCACGCUUGAGGACCUGGCAAGCCAUCGCGCAGGCCUCAGCAACAACGACGCAGGUAUUCGCUUACAUGAGGAUGGCAGACAAUGGACGAUCAGAGAUAUCGCACGGAACAUUCGUAGCUCUCCUCUUGAAUCUCAACCGCGAACAAGCUUCUCUUACAACAAUGAGGCUUAUGCUACUCUCUCUCUUGUCAUCGAAACAGUCACCGGUAAAUGGCUCGGUGAUGUGUUGAAACAAACUAUCUGGGGUCCUCUUGGUAUGAACUCUACAUACCUCGACUUGCAGGAAGCCGAAGACGCGCCCGAGCACUUGUCAACAGGCUACUACUGGGAUCAGGCAGAGAAGUGUCAUAGGUCUAUUAAACAACUACCUACGGAUAUUCUCAGUGGUGCAGGGGCUAUUAUUUCCAACGUCGUUGACUAUACGAAGUGGAUUAAAUGCCUGCUUCGUCAAGACGCUCCGUUGUCGAAACAGGUGCACAAGGACAUACGCAGACCUCGUAUUGUUGACAACCCAGACCCUGCCCGUGGAACAGACGUUUCUCUGUAUGGGCUCUCUUGGUGGAGGACGUCAAUCGAUGGCCAUGUUGUCUACUGGCACUCUGGAUCUACAACAGCACAUGGCGCUCUGAUCUACUGGCUACCAGAAGUGGACUAUGGUGUUGUUGUCCUAGCAAAUCACCCAUCUCCAGUAAGAGAGAUUAUUGUCCGACGACUUGUCAAUGACAAACUCAAAGUCACGUUGGACAAGCGGUACGACGUCGCUAAAGAUGCUCGAGAAGCGGAGCGACAGAGACAGCAGGACGCUGAGAAUGCAGUGUCGACCCUUUUUCCAAAUGCUCCAUCGACACCCCGCCAGCCCUCGGUUGAUGUUGAAGAGCUUGCAGGCAAAUACUAUCAUCCAGGUUACGGCGUCUUCGAUUUCACUACUGCUCAGAGGGCAGACAGCUCAGGGCCAAAGGACCUUGUUGCUGAUCGCACAGACGUGCUUUGGAGAAGCCGCGUAUUGCUCCGUCACGUCUCUGGGGAUUUCUGGGUGAUGUUUAGUUCGCUUAUGGAUACCCCGGGGGUACCAGAGAUGUUUUUUGCCACAGAGUUUAAGCUUGGGGUCGACCUUGAGGUUUUGGGUCUCACUUUGAGGUUUACCAAGAAAUAUUCAAGCUAUGAGGUAUUUCUAUCUAAGGUUUAG